AUGAAGAGUUUCAUUCUUUCUCUGCAUUCUUUUCUUUAUCAUGUGUUUUUCUUCUCAUCUUUUAACAUUUUUCUAUUCAAAAUAUCUAUUUUCUUCUUCUUUUGUUCUCUCUUGAAUUCUCCCUCAUUUCUUUAUCGUCAAGUAAUAUUUCCUUCUCUUAUUUUCUUUUCUUUUGAAAUGUCUUUCUCACUACUCUUGCUUCAUUUCUUUCUUGAUUUCAUUCUCUUGACAUCUUUCUUUCUUUUUAUUCAUUUCUUUCUUUAUCUUCGCUUUUCUUUCAUUUUGUUUGCUUCUUUCGUAAUUUUCUUGUUACUUUUUUCUUUUGAUAUUAAUUUUUUCCCUCCACAUUUAUUUUUCAUUGGUCUCCUGCAUUUCGUCUGUUUUACUCAAAGACUCUUUUCUGUUACAUUCUUCCUACCCUGGAUGCGAAACUGGUGGACCCCUUGUUCCAUUCAUAAUAAGUUCCUGAUGCAGAAAGGAUCGGUUGAUUCCCGUGCUCCGACCUUAUUCCCGUUCGAAAAUUGGUUCGUUCCCUCCCCACCCCCCGAAUCGAAUAAUUGUUCCCCGUUUUUGCAGGGUGGACGCCCAAAAAGACCAGGAGUCGGUUCCUAUCUAUCUAUCUAUCUAUCUAUCUAUCUAUCUAUCUAUCUAUCUAUCUAUCAGUCUGUUCAUUUUCUAUCAUUUUAUCUAUCUCAUUCUGUUUGUAUCUAUCAGUUUGCUCUUAAUCUAUCUAUCUAUCUAUCUAUCUAUCUAUCUAUCUAUCUAUCUAUCUAUCUCAGUUUUAUCAUAUCUAUCUAUGAUUCGACCUUUCUAAUGAUUUUCCGUUUCGUGUCGUCUUUUCGUGUUGCUUUCUCUUUCCAUAUCUAUCUAUCUAUCUAUCUAUCUAUCUAUCUAUCUAUCUCCGUCUUUUUAUAUCUAUCUAUCUAUCUAUUUAUGUCCGUCUUUUUAUAUCUAUCUAUGUCCGUCUUUUUAUUUCUAUCUAACUAUCUAUCUAUCUAUCUAUCUAUCUAUCUAUCUAUCUAUCUAUCUAUCUGUCUCCGUCUGUCCAUAUGUAUCUCCGUAUUUUCAUAUCUAUCUCCGUCUUUUCAUAUCUAUCUAUCUAUCUAUCUAUCUAUCUAUCUAUCUAUCUAUCUAUCUAUCUAUCUAUCUCAGUCUGUUCAUAUCUAUCUCCGUCUUUUCAUAUCUAUCUAUCUAUCUCCCUAUCUCCGUCUGUUCAUACCUAUCUCCAUAUUUUUUAUAUCUAUCUCCGCCGUUUCAUAUCUAUCUAUCUAUCUAUCUAUCUAUCUAUCUAUCUAUCUAUCUAUCUAUCUAUGUUCAUUAUCUAAUUACCUAUCUACAGCAUGA